GCCUUCAGCUGCGCGGGCCUGGCGAGCGCGGCGCAGCGCUUCAUCCUGCGCCACGUGGGCGAGCUGGGCCCGGAGCAGCUGGAGCGCCUGCCUCUAGCGCGCCUGCUGCGCUACCUGCGCGACGACGGGCUGUGCGUGCCUAAGGAGGAGGCCGCCUACCAGCUGGCGCUGCGCUGGGUGCGCGCGGACCCGCCGCGCCGCGCCGCGCAUUGGCCGCAGCUGCUCGAGGCCGUGCGCUUGCCCUUCGUGCGCCGCUUCUACCUGCUGGCGCACGUCGAGGCCGAGCCGCUAGUGGCGCGCUGCCCGCCCUGCCUGCGCCUGCUGCGCGAGGCGCGCGACUUUCAGGCGGCGCGCUACGACCGCCACGACCGCGGGCCCUGCCCUCGCAUGCGCCCGCGCCCCUCCACCGGCCUCGCGGAGAUCCUCGUGCUCGUGGGUGGCUGCGACCAGGACUGCGACGAGUUGGUCACCGUCGACUGCUACAACCCGCAGACGGGCCAGUGGCGUUACCUGGCCGAGUUCCCCGACCACCUGGGCGGCGGCUACAGCAUCGUGGCGCUGGGCAAUGACAUCUACGUGACGGGUGAGGGGACUGGGAGCCAGCCGGGAGGACCCUGGGUUAGCCUCCUGCGCCCCCGGGAGAGCGCAUUUUUCUGCUGGAGGAACCUGUGAAUCCCGGGACCGCCCCACAGUGUGAG